AGUUAUAAAUCAGCGAUGCUGGGGCUGGCGGGUAUCUGAUGCCCGCGGGAGGUGAAGCUGGCAGGGCGGCCCGCAGCGGAUACUCCGUUUCCGCAGGUCGGGCCGGGCCGGGGCGGGCGGGCAGGACUCGGGGGCUGCUGGAUGCCGAUUCCGCGCCUCGCUUUGCCGCUAUCUCCUCCACCGCGGGAAGCGCCCGGGAACGAGGAGAGCCCGUCGGAUCCCAGCCGGCGCCUCUGCCCCUGCCUCGCUGCCGUCGGCAGGGAAAAAGCCCUGCGUUCCCGCAGGCAGGACCAUGCCCCGCCAGCUGCUCUCAGGGACCGUGCUGCUGGGAGCCGCCCUCCUGCUCGCAGGAUCUAGUUCAGGAUCAAAACUAAAAGUUCCUGAGCUGAGUAUAAAUGGCAUACAGCACGUUGUUCAAGCCGGCCAGACUUUAAAUCUCACCUGCAGGGGGGAAAUGGUUCAUUCAUGGUCUUUGCCUGAAACUCUUAGCAAGGAUAGCAAAAGGCUGAAAGUAAUUAAAUAUGCCUGUGGAAGGAAUGGGAAGCAGUCCUGCAGUAGUCUGACCUUGAGCAGAACUCAAGCAAGUGACACUGGAAAUUAUAGCUGCAAAUACCCAACAAGUCCAGCAAAAAAGAAGAAGGAAUCUACAGUCUAUGUAUUUAUUAACGAUACAAGCAAUCCAUUUGUAGAGAUGCACAGUGAUAUCCCUAAAAUAAUAAACAUGGCUGUAGGACGAGAAGUGAUCAUUCCAUGCAGAGUCACAGAUCCAAACAUUUCUGUUACUUUAAAAAAGAUUCCACGAGAAACCCUAAUUCCUGAUGGCAAGACAAUAAUCUGGGACAGCAUGCAAGGCUUCAGAAUACCUAAGGCAACUUACAAAUUCAUUGGGCUCCUGAGCUGUGAGACAACUGUUGGUGGGCACACAUACAGCACCAAGUACCUAACACACAGAGAAACCAACACCAUUUUUGAUGUUCAGUUAAGCACCCCACGUCUCGUCAAAAUGCUGAAGGGAGACAGCCUAGCAAUUAACUGCACUGUCACUGCAGCCUGGAACACCAGAGUGCAGAUGACAUGGACUUACCCUGGAGAGACAAGGAAAAGAGGUUCAAUAACGCAGCGUAUUGACCAGAAGAAUUCAGAGGCCAACAUUUUUUACAGCAUCCUCGUUGUCGACAGAGUGCGGGAUAUUGAUAAAGGCCAGUACACCUGCCACGUGAAGAGUGGGCCAUCCAUCAAAGCUGUCAACUCAACAGUCAUUGUUUAUGAUAAAAUGUUCAUUAAUUUGAAACGUCGAAGAAAAACUGCGCUGGAGGCUGUUGCUGGAAGAAAAUCCUAUCGUUUGUCAAUGAAAGUGAAGGCAUUUCCCUCUCCGGAGGUUAUAUGGUUAAAAGAUGGGCUACCUGCUGCUGAAAAAUGUGCUCGGUACGUGGUUAAAGACUAUUCGUUAGUCAUCAAGGAUGUAGCUGAGGAGGAUGCUGGAAACUACACCAUAAUACUGAGCAUUCGACAGUGGAACUUGUCAAAGAAUCUUACAGUCACUCUUACUGUAAAUGUGAAACCACAGAUAUACGAAAAGGCUGUGUCAUCAUUCCCUGAUCCCAAUCUGCAUUUACUAGGCAGCAAACAAGUGCUGACAUGCACUGUGUAUGGUAUUCCUCCACCUAAAAUUAUGUGGAUGUGGUAUCCCUGUAAACAAAACCAUUCUAAAACAAGGCAUGGAUUUUGCUUUUAUACUGAAGGAUCUUACAUCCUGAAAGCUGGCAGCAAUGUAGGAAACAGGAUACAGAGCAUCACUGAGAGAACAGCUGUAAUAGAGGGCAAAAAUAAGACUGCUAGCACUCUUGUUGUAGCUGAAGCCAAAUCCUCAGGAAUCUACAGCUGUGUGGCAUCCAAUAAAGUGGGAAAAUCCGAAAGAAAUGUCAGUUUUAUUGUAACAGAUGUACCAAGUGGAUUCCAUAUUAGUUUGGAAAAAAUGCCCAUUGAAGGAGAGAAUUUGGUAUUGUCCUGUUCGGCCAACAAAUUCCUGUACAAAGACAUUGCUUGGAUUUUGCCUAGGACAAUCAACAAUCAAACAAAAGCGAAGAAGUCUCACAACAGGGACUACUCCAUCACCCUCACUCUGACCAUCAAAAACGUUUCCCUGGCACACUCAGGCACCUAUGCCUGCCGAGCAAGGAACGUAUACACGGGGAAAGAAGUGCUUCAAACGAAAGACGUUACAAUCAGAGCUCAAGAGGCACCAGCCCUGCUGCGGCAGCUUGCGGAUCAGACAGUGAACGCCAGUAACUCUGCCAUGUUGGAGUGCCAGGCUCGUGGUAUUCCUGAGCCCCAGAUAUCCUGGUUUAAAAACCAUGAGGAAAUACAGCAAGAACCAGGAAUAAUUUUAGGGCCUGGAAGCCGAAUGCUGUUUAUUGAAAGAGUAAAAGAGGAGGAUGAAGGACUUUACCAGUGUAUAGCCACCAACUUGAAAGGGUCCGUGGAGAGUGCAGCGUAUGUCACAGUACAAGGCAUAUCAGAGAGGUCAAACCUGGAACUGAUAACUCUGACCUGUACCUGUGUGGCUGCAACGCUGUUCUGGCUCCUGUUGACCCUCUUCAUUCGCAAGCUGAAGAGGCCUCGUUCCUCUGAAAUGAAGACCAAUCAUUACCUGUCAAUCAUAAUGGAUCCUGAUGAAGUCCCCUUAGAUGAGCAAUGUGAACGUCUACCUUAUGAUGCCAGCAAGUGGGAAAUUGCAAGAGAAAGGCUAAAACUAGGAAAAUCUCUUGGACAUGGAGCUUUUGGAAAGGUGGUACAAGCGUCUGCCUUUGGAAUAAGGAAAUCACCAACAUGCAGAAUAGUUGCUGUGAAAAUGUUGAAAGAAGGGGCCACAGCAAGUGAGUACAAAGCACUGAUGACAGAGCUGAAAAUCCUAAUCCACAUUGGUCAUCAUCUCAACAUUGUUAAUUUGCUGGGAGCUUGCACAAAAAAUGGAGGGCCUCUGAUGGUGAUUGUUGAAUACUGCAAGUACGGGAAUUUAUCAGAUUAUCUGAAGAGCAAAAGGAAUCUUUUCUGCUCUAACAAGGACUCCUCUCUGCAGGGAGAGCCAGUGAAAAAGGAUGUUGAGUCAGUGGAAAGCAAAAAACAAAGGCUGGCCAGUGUCACCAGCAGGGAGAGCUUUGCGAGCUCUGGGUUCCAGGAAGAUAAAAGUCUGAGUGAUGUGGAGGAGGACGAGGAGGAUGCUGAUGACCUGUACAAGUUACCCCUCACUAUGGAGGAUCUGAUCUCUUACAGCUUUCAGGUGGCCAGAGGCAUGGAGUUCCUCUCCUCCAGAAAGUGCAUUCAUCGUGACCUGGCAGCCAGAAACAUCCUUUUAUCUGAGAACAACGUUGUGAAGAUCUGCGAUUUUGGCCUCGCAAGAGAUAUUUAUAAGAAUCCUGAUUAUGUGAGAAAAGGAGAUGCUCGACUUCCUCUCAAGUGGAUGGCUCCUGAAUCCAUAUUUGAUAAAAUCUACAAUACAAAAAGCGACGUGUGGUCCUUUGGGGUCUUGCUGUGGGAGAUAUUUUCCUUGGGUGCCUCUCCUUACCCCGGAGUCCAAAUAGACGAGGAUUUCUGCAGCAGGCUGAAGGAAGGCACAAGAAUGCGAGCCCCAGAGCAAGCGACUGCGGAGAUUUACCAAAUCAUGCUGGACUGCUGGCAGAGCAAUCCCAACGACAGGCCACGGUUCUCCGAGCUGGUGAAAAAGCUGGGCGACCUGCUGCAAGCAAAUGUCCAGCAGGAAGGUAAAGACUACAUACCACUCAGCACAAUAUUUACAACAGAAAGUGGGUCUCCCCCUGCAUCUGAUCCUUUGUGCAAUGAAAAUUUUCCUGUUACAAGCUCAAGUUGUGGAAGCACCGAAAAUGUCAGAUACGUAAACACUUUCAAAAUAAACACCCCCCAGCGUAUAAAGACAUUUGAAGAGCUUCCCAUGAAGGAAACACUUGUAUUUAAUGAUUGUCAAGCAGACAGUGGGAUGGUGCUGGCUCCAGAAGAACUGAAACGUUUCACAUGGACAGGCAGCAAGCAGAAACGGACACUCUUUGGCAUUAAAGGUGCCAGCAGGAGCAAGGAGUCAGUGCUUUCUGGAAUAACCAAGCCAAGAAGCUUCUGCAGUUUCAGCUGUGACCAGCUCAGUGACUCCAAGCGAAGACACACCUGUGGUUAUGCAAUGCUGGAGAAAGUGAUUGCCAGCCGUUCUCCUCCUCCCGACUACAAUUCUGUUGUCCACUAUUCUCAGCCACCGGUUUAAGUACUUCUAGGCCAAGAUCUAAACACACAGGUUCUCAUGAAACACUAUCAGUUUAAAAACUCUGACCCAAAUUAUUUUAAUUAUCAUAAAACUUGAAAAGUUAUCAUUGGCUUAAUCCCAGUGGUCUGCUUUUCUACAGACCACAGCACAGAUAUUCAAAAUACAGCAAAAUAGAAACCUUGACUUUCCCAAAUGCUCAACACCAAUAACUUUCACUAAAAAUGCUGAGUGCUUCUGCAUCCAGGAAAACCUGGAAGGCCAUUAUUACAGCCUCUGCUCAAACUUGAGUAAUUUCUGUCCUGACUGGGAGAGGCAGAUGGGAGCCCUAGAGAGCUGGGAAUCUGCACUAGGCACUGAGGUAUUUGCACCCCAUGCCUGAAGUAUGUGUUGUGCUGGAAAACAAAGGAGCCUUCAAGAAGAUAGAAACUAGAAACAGACCACAAACUGUAUUUUUUAUAAAAACUACUUUGAGAAACUUGUGGGAGAGCUGAUGCUCUGGAGAAACUGAAUAAGCUAAUUGGGGAUGAGGCAUUAUAUGGAGCUUACUGCUCCAGAUGGUAUACACAGUAGGAAACCUUGCAAGACAAGAAUUUAAAAUGUGUUGCUAAACACAACUGGCAAGGAUAGAGGAAAGCUGAGACCAGAUCCAGGGUUGUAACGACAGGGAAUACAUACCAAUUCAGUUUGGACAAUCCUGCUGAAACCAAGAAAAUGAAGUUUUGCACUUUGUGAGUAAGCCAACAUGCACACACUGGAACCAAACCACAAGGCAGAUAGGUUAAAGCCAAUCUCUGUCCACAAAACCUCACAGACCUUCUAACACUGCACUGAUUGUAUUUUAUUUAUGGGAAUCUGUCUGAAA